AUGUUUCGCAACAGUUUUCCGUUCUCUUUUCUGUUUUUUGUCCCAAUUUUGUUUCUGAUUUCGCCGGUUUGUCCGGCCAGUGAUUUUGCAGUCUACCGCAUGCAGCAGUUUGACCUACAAGGAGUCUCACAUGGAUGUAGGAAUGCAAUAAUAAACGUUGAGGCACGUCCGAUCACUGCAUCUGUCUACACUCGAAAAUGUGUGGUCAGCAAGUUGAAAGAACUGGCAUUCUCAAAGUACAAAGAAAUCCUUCAGCAGAAUGCUAAUGGAUUAUUGGUACUUCUCCCCAGGACCUUUGAUCAGAUCAGUCGAGAGGAUGAAGAGCAUCUGAUUGAACUGGAGCAUCAGUUGUUAUCAGAUGAGACCCAACUGCCUGUCUACUUUGCAUAUGAGGACGACAAGUUGUUGAACAUUUACGAGGAUUUGAAAUCCUUUGGAAAUGCUGACUCUGCUGAAUCAGCCCUGGAAGCUAUAGUAAGGUCUUCAAACUUGUAUGGAUUUCAAUUCAUUAUUAACGGGCCUCAGUCGAAAGCUUUGAAUGACUUCGAGAUUGUCAACCUGCAGGGCAAGUUAAUAGGGCACGGAUUGGAGGAGCAAUUACCCACUGUUCUAGUGGUUGCCUACUACGAUGCUAUUGGUGUAGCCCCCUCCCUAGCAAGAGGCAGCAAUUCGAAUGGUAGUGGUGUAGUGGCCAUCCUCGAACUCAUUCGACUUUUCUCGAAACUUUAUAGCCACUCAAAAAGCCAUCCCAAGAUGAAUUUGCAAUUUCUUCUGACUGGAGCAGGAAAACUUAACUACCAAGGCACCAAAAGAUGGCUGGAAGAUCAUUCUGAAGGUUUGUUUGUUUGUAUGUUUCUUAGCCAGUUCAAAGCAGUGAUUUGCAUAGAUUCCAUUGGAUCUGGUCCUGGACUUUUUGCCCACGUGUCAAAACCACCCAAGGAAGGCAGUUUCGCUGAUCUGAUCAUCAAGGUUUGUUUUGCUGCAAGAUUAUUUGAGAUGAUUCAUAAAAAGAUUAACCUAGCAGAGCGGCAUCUAUCGUGGGAGCAUGAAAGAUUCAGCAUCAACAAGCUCUACGCAUUCACAGUUUCCUCCUUUAAGAGUCCUAGAGAUAUGAGGUUGAGGUCUAUCACAGAUACCAUGGACAAGUUGGACGUAGAAGGUCUCUCAAGGAACAUAAGAAUAAUUGCUGAUGGACUAGCCGGGCAGAUAUUCAACCUGUCAAACCCUGGAUCUGAUAUCUUUGUUGAUCAUUUGAGUGUCAACAAGGAACUGGUUUCUUCAUGGCUGGAGCACAUCUCCAGUGUCCCAAGGUCUGCCCAACUUUUGAAGAAGGAUUCUCCUCUGAUUAGUACAUUUGAAGGGUGGUUCAGUAAACAUCUUAGAAGUGUUAAGAGGCAUACAUUCAAAGCUGAUAAGAGGGAACCAGAAUUUGUUUUCUACACCGGGGCAGAAUAUUCGCUGGGUGUCUAUAGCGUCAAGCCAGCUGUGUUCGACUUGAUACUGGCUGUUGGCAUUGCUUUGUAUCUCGGUCUGCUAUAUUUGAUAUCUCAGGUUUGA